GUCGCCUACGUCUUCCCCUCCUGCCGUUAAGUUUCCUGUUGCAAAUCCCAAACAAACGAACAUGGCGGAUUUAGAAGAGCGGCAGAGCCUGUUGGGAGAUGAAGAUGAAGGGUCGUUCACCGGUAGACCUACGGCUAAAGGACCCGGGAAACCACUACCGGCCAUCUGCGACCCCAGCCACCUACUGCACCGGAUUGUAGUCCUGGUAUUCAUGUGCUUCCUGGGGUUUGGUAGCUACUUCUGUUAUGACAACCCAGCCGCUCUUCAGACACAAGUCCUUCAGGACAUGAACCUGAAUACUGCACAGUUCAUGCAGCUGUAUGCUUGGUACUCCUGGCCAAAUGUGGUUCUUUGCUUUCUGGGGGGUUUUCUGCUGGACAGGGUCUUUGGCAUCAGGUUGGGAACCAUCAUCUUCUCCCUGUUUGUCUGUGGUGGUCAGAUAAUAUUUGCCACCGGAGCACUGGUAAAUCAUUUCUGGCUGAUGGAAGUUGGACGCUUUGUCUUUGGAAUCGGUGGAGAGUCUUUAGCUGUGGCCCAGAACACCUAUGCAGUGAACUGGUUUAAAGGAAAGGAGCUGAAUCUAGUGUUCGGCCUUCAGCUUAGCAUGGCUCGACUGGGUAGCACCGUAAACAUGAACAUCAUGGGCUGGGUUUACGGCAAAGUUGCCGACCUUGUUGGCUCUACUGGACACACAGCACUAGGGGCAGCACUCAUGAUAGCGUCUGUUACCUGCCUGUUCUCUUUACUCUGUGCUUUGGUGUUGGGAUUACUUGACAGAAGAGCAGAGAAGAUCCUCCACAAGGAGCAGGGCAGCACAGGUGACGUAAUUAAGCUGACAGAUGUAAAAGACUUCCCCGUCUCCCUGUGGCUUAUCUUCAUCAUUUGUGUGUGCUACUAUGUGGCUAUUUUCCCUUUUAUUGGACUGGGACAGGUGUUCUUCAUUGAAAAAUUUGGCUUUUCUCCUGCACAAGCCAGAGCUGUAAACAGCAUUGUGUACAUCAUCUCAGCUCCUGCCUCUCCAGUUUUGGGUUUUAUGGUUGAUAAAACCGGGAGGAAUGUGGUUUGGGUGAUAUUUGCUGUGGUAACCACGCUCGCCGCUCACAUGAUGCUGGCCUUCACCUUCUGGAACCCCUGGAUUGCUAUGUCGCUGCUGGGCAUCUCCUACUCUUUACUGGCCUGUGCAUUGUGGCCCAUGGUGGCAUUUGUGGUGCCUGAGCAUCAGCUGGGGACGGCCUAUGGCUUCAUGCAGUCGAUCCAGAACCUGGGACUUGCUCUUAUUGCGAUGGCAGCAGGAGCCAUCCUGGACAACAGAGGAUACCUGGUUUUAGAAGUAUUCUUCUGUGCUUGCAUCUGCAUUGCACUGAUGGCAGUGGUAAUGCUGUACUUUGUGGAUUACCUCAAAGGAGGAGAUUUGAACCGGUCCGCCGCAUCCAGAGCCAAACUUCAGAAGGAAGCCACUUCGGACUCUGAGUAAGUAGAUGAUGAUGAUGAUGAUGAUGAUCAGGGAACAGAUAUGGUCCUGGGUUUCUGAGCCAGCAAGAUGCACUGUCCACCCCAGAGCUGUCAAUCGACUGCAGUGGGGCAGGACUGCACUACUGACUCCGCCCAGUGCUGACAUCUGUGGUUCUUCCCACCUGAACUGACUGUCUGGUCAUGGCUAUUAUGUAACCAUUUAUGGUUAACAGGAUAUAUUACUGCUGCAUCAGCACACUGACAAAGGACACAUCACAGUUUGGACUCUGCAGUUACUCUGACUUUUUACUCUGACUUUACUCACUGUAAUACUACUUACCCUCCACUGCCUUCUGUGUAGGAUGAAGUGUCUCCAAUCACAGGAAAGAUAAAAAGCUUUAAACUCAUUUCUAGCCAUUUUAAUGGCUAAAGUAAUACAACAAUUGCCAAAUUAUUAAAAUAAUUAAGCAUAUUUAAUGUCUAAAUGGGGGGGGGGGGCUUUCUGUGUGAAGUUUGCAUGGGUUCUCUCUGGGUACUCCGGCUUCCUCCCACCAUCCAGAGACAUGCACUAAUGGGUUAAAUGGUUAAUCUAAAAUUGCCCAUAGGUGUGAAUGUGAGAGUGAUUAGUUGUUCGUCUUUAUAUGUCAGCCCUGUGACGAGCUGGCGACUUGUCCAGGGUGUGCCCUGCCUUUGCCCAUAGGUAGCUGGGAUAGGCUCCAGCGCCCUUGUGACGUUCUUGAUGACAAAGCAGUUCAGAUGAUGAAUGAAUAAGGUCUAAAUUUUUCAGCAGAAAAUGAGAUCUAUAACCUGUUGAAGGUGCCUAUCACUGACUGAGUAAACACUUUCCAAUUUUAUUAUGUGCUAAUUAAUAUAGCCAUUUUAUAUGUAUAUAGCGAUAACUUUGGGUGCUUUUUAUAUUCUUUAUAAAAAUUGUGUUGAGACUGACUGGAUUACUUGCCUUAAUGCUGAAAACUCAGCAGUUCAUUUAUAUGUGUUCUACUGGUCAGCAUUCAAGUAAUUGCCAACUGAAAUCCCCCUUUGUUAACUCUCCUUAGGCAGUGAAUUCAUAUCCAAUUUUAAUCAAAUGCAUCAUUGACCUUUUAUGGUGGAUAUUCUCAAAACGUGUUCAGCUCUUUAUUGUUUGAAUCGUUAUUGCUUUAUUCUUUCCAUUUCUUUAUCCGCUCUUUGCUGGUUUCUGAGGUUCAUAAAAAUUUAUUUUCUGUUGCAUCAUCAAACGGAACUUUGCUAUAAGAAAAGAUUAGAAAUAGCAAGGCAGCUUUUAAUGAUAAUCAUGGUUUAAACAAAAAGACAGUUUUGUUAAUAUGACCUUUUUAAAAAACAGAACAAAACUCUGUUCCCCAUGUUAAUGAUAUUUUGUACAUGAUGUUUGCUCAUUCAUCAAACUCAGGUAAUUAAUUUGUUGUUUAUUGCCCCUAUGAGGUUGUUACCUCAUUAGAAAAAGAUACGUUAUGCACAAAAUAUUCAUGCACUCUGCUUAACUCUCACCAUUCCAGUAAUGUGGGAAGAUUCACAUUUUUCUUCCUGUUUAUUUAUCAAUGUUACACACUGUCUACUGAACAUUUCCUACCUCAUUUCAUGAAGGUGUUUAAAAAGCCUGACAUGUAAGGUAUGAUGGUAAAAUGUUAUGACUGCACAUUAAACAACCACAAGUCACUCAUAUAUUCAAAAAUACGAUGCUCUUAUCGGUCACAUAUUGCACUUUGGUGUUAUUGUAGAAGUCAUGCAGUCUUUGCUGAAUUGAGAAAAUUUGUGUCCAAGUACCGAGUGUUACUGAAGUAUGAUUCAGAAAUUAUGUUUGAGAAAUUAAACUCCUGUGUAUCAUUCAACAAAAUAAGACUUGAUUACUGAAAGAAUAAUGGCAUUAAAUGAAAUAUAAGAGUUCUGAGUGAUAUGAUUUUUUUUUCUUUUUAUCUGUGAGGAUAUUGGUUUAUUUUUCUGUCUGUAUUUUCAUUAACCCUGUGGGUAAUAUUUGCACAGUUAUGCCCAUCGUGGUGUUGGCUGUAGAGUUGAUAAAGAUGGUAUUAUUAUUAUUAUUCCUCCAGGAUUAAAAGGCAUCUCAGUACAAUGGAUGCAUCAACUAGACUAAAACCAAUGUCUGCUUUUGGUUUGCGAAACCGUUACCUCUCCAGGCUGGGCGCACAGGUACACACACACAAACACACAAUAUAUUGACUGAUUGCACAGUUACACACAAUUCAAUAGAAAUCAUUAAAAACAUUUGCCUUACAUCCAUUUAAAAAAAAAAAAAAAAAA